GAGUCAGUUCACAGCCUUCCGGCUCAGACCCGGCAGCUACACUAGACACAGGCUGAGAGUCAGGCUGGCUCCAAGGCCCAGCAGGGCCAGGGUGGACCAUGGCAGGUGGGGGCGGCCACCUCAGUGUCAGGAGAUCCACUGAAGAACAGAACGUGGGGAAAAGGCUUGUCUAUGAGGCCAUAUUCAGUCACUAUAAAAAAAAUAAGGUGGAGAUUUCAUAUGCAAUAAAUAAGACGUUUCCUUUCCUUGCGGGCCUCCGAGACUGUGGCUUCAUCACCGAAAAAUUGUUUAAAGAUUCUGAAGAGUCUUGUAGAAACUCGGUUUCCGUGCAAAGAGUGGUGUACAAUGUUCUCAGUGAGCUGGAGAAGACAUUUAAUCAGUCACUUCUGGAAGCAAUGUUCAGCAAGGUCAACAUGAAGGAAUAUCCUGACUUAAUUCAAAUUUCUAGUAGCUUCAAAAAAGUGAUUCAUGAUAUCCAAAUAAAUGAUAUGGAAGAGACCUGGGAGAUGACCAGCACUCAGUUCAUCCAUGACCAAGGGGAAACCCUACUUCAAGCCGGAAUCCCAGAGCAUCUCGGUGAUGAGGAGAAGAUGAAUAUAAGGGAAAAAGAUUUAUUGUGUAGCGAAAAUGAUCCAUUAAGAACUCAAAAAACAACUGAAUGUGUUCAAGAAUCUGAACAAGCAGAUAACAGCAAAAUGGAUGGCCACUUGGUCGUGAAAGGAACAAGGGUGAAAGUGAAUCUUCAAGGUUCUGCAAAGAUUAGGGGGAGAAAGAGAGGCAGACCUAGGAAACAUUUAACUCAGAGAAAUAAAGCCCCAGUGAAAAGAGGCCGACCAAGAGGUUCAAGAAAGCACAUAGAUGAAACUGUGGAUUUUCACUCCCCUCUAAUUCCUGUGACCUGUGGCAAGGUGAAGGGGACAUUAUAUAAGAAGAAAUUGGAACAAGGAGCCUCGGAAAAGUGUAUACAGCAUGAGGAUGGGAACUGGCUCACCCCUAGGGAAUUUGAAAUCCAAGGAGGUUAUACAAGAUCAAAGAAUUGGAAGCUGAGUGUGCGCUGUGGAGGACGGCCCCUACGGUGGCUGAUGAAGGAAGGAUUUCUACCUGAUUCUCCAAGAGCAUUUCACACGCGAAAAAAGAAAAGACUGGAGCCUCACAGCAAUGACUUAGUUGACCCUUAUCCGGGAAACUCGGAUGACUGUGAGGUGUGCCGGAAAAGGGGAAAGUUGUUCUGCUGUGACACUUGUUCAAGAUCCUUUCACGAGGAGUGUCACAUCCCACCUGUGGAAGUUCAGAGGACCCCGUGGAGCUGCAUCUUCUGCAGGAUGAAGGAUUUUUUGGGAAGCCAGCAGUGUCAACAGGAAUCUGAGAUCCUGGAGAGGGAGAUGUUGCCUGAGGUACAGUUGAAAUGUGAGUUCCUCCUCUUGAAGGUCUAUUGCUGUUCAGAGAGCUCCUUUUUUGCCAACAUUCCGUAUUAUUACUAUAACAGAGAGGAUCCUCAGGUCCUAAAGGAGCCCAUGUGGUUGAACAAAAUCAAGAAGCGGCUGAAUGAGAAGGGUUACCACCGAGUGGAGGGGUUCGUGCAGGACAUGCGCCUCAUCUUUCAGAACCACAGAGCAUCCUACAAGUACAAGGACUUUGGCCAAAUGGGAUUGAGGCUGGAGGCCGAAUUUGAGAAGAAUUUCAAGGAAGUGUUUGCUAUUCAGAAAACAAAUGAGAAGAGUUCACUGGUGUAAUGAAUAAUGGAGGUGUCCUGGCCAAAUGCCCUUUUCUGGGCAGGCCUUCCCAUCCACUGCUGCUGAGUGUUGGCCGCUAACGCUGCCCCUCCCACAAUUGCCCUGGGCCAAGUGGAAUCAGCUUCUCCUGGAGGUUAUGCCCCCUUGCUUCAUGGUGGAACCAAUGAUGUGGUGUGAUCCGUGCUCUUGUGCACCCUGUGAAAUCAGCCUGGUGCUAUCUCCAGAUGCAGCCAGAUUCCUGCUUAGCUUUUCCCCCCACCUAUCAUACUUCCCUCACGCCCCAUCUGAGAGAACUCUUCUAAUAAAUCACUUGCUUAAGAUACUUCAUCGCACUCUCUGCUUCACUUCUUUGAACUCUCUGCUUCUA